AUGAAGUCCUCAGUUCUGAAUUGGGCUUUGUCAGCCUCAACCGUCGUGGGAUAUCCUACAUUGUCAAAACCCAGCUCCCUCGUCGUGACCGAAGCACCACAGUCUCUUCGGCCCUAUGUUAUCCGUCGAGGUGAUGGGCUGACCUCGAGCAUGGGCAACCAGGUCUACCGAUUCCCCGUCACCGGCAACUCCUCUGGUGGAGCUUUCACAAUAUUGCAGGCCAAUGCCCCGAACUCUGCCUCUAUCGGUGUGCUCCCCCACCUCCAUAAGUUACAUUACGAAAACUUCUAUGUCAACAAGGGGCGAGCGCAACUAUGGGCUCAGACGGCGGACAUGGACGAGCAACAAACCAGGGUGAUGCAGGCAGGCGACUACGGCUGUGUUCCGCACAACACCAAGCACGCAUACCAGUUCGAGGAUCCGGACACGGAAUUUACUGUUGCCAUUCAACCUGGCGGAUUCGAAGCACUCUUUUUGGCCAUAUCAGGAGGAGAAUACAAGUCUAUAAUCGGGUCCGAGUUCAUCACAGAACAGAAGAAUGACUCGUCCACUGGCGUAACGCCUGAGCUGGCUGCCAUGCUAGAAGUAUACGACUCAUGGAUCGAGCCGAAUUUUGUGCCGCGUCAAGAUUCUGUCAAUGGCAUCGCUGGUUCCGGCAACUGGCACAACGGAAGCAACGAGCUGGCAGCCGAUGAGUUCACGCCGAACUUCAUCGCUAAGAACUACGGCCCCAAAUACCUCAACAGCGAGGGGGGCAUAUACACCAUCAUUGCUCCUCUUGCCACCGGGAAGCAGACUGCCAACAACUUGACGGAAGGAACGAUGACGCUGAGCAAGAAGCUGGCGAAUCAGACCGCUCCAGUCGCGACGGUCCCCGUACAUACGGCCUUCCAAAUGCAGGAAGGCCAGCUGCUCGUGACUAUCGGUGGCGAGUCUGAAUUUCUGGAGACAGGCGACGUCGUCUUUGUUCCCGGCAACACGACCUUCUCUUACUUCUCCACGGUGGCAUUCACGCAGUUCUUGUACGUGAGCGCCGGUGUCGGCGGGCUAGACGAGCAGCUUCUUGCGAAUAGCGUUGACUGGGACUAUGCAACGUUCCCACAGUACCCGCCGUCUAAUUGA